CGACCCAUUUAUGCGUUUCAACUUGAACCUCAAGAAACGCUUAAACCCUAGAAGCCUGCACAGUCGUGUCACUCUCUCUCUCUCCGCGGUCUUCCUCACCGCGCUCUUUGUACCGGAGAUUGGGUAACCGUCAACAGAGGAGGUCCCGAUGAAUUUCAACAACGUCCGGGUACCAAAGGUACCAGGAGGAGGUGCUGCGUCGGCAUUGGUGAAGGUGGCAGUUCUCGGCGGCCUUGGAUUAUAUGCGGCGACUCACAGCCUUUACAACGUCGAAGGUGGUCAUCGCGCUAUCGUCUUUAACAGAAUCGUUGGUAUCAAGGACAAGGUUUAUCCCGAAGGCACACAUCUUAUGGUACCUUGGUUUGAUAGACCUGUCAUUUAUGAUGUCCGUGCAAGACCUCAUCUUGUGGAGAGCACCUCUGGAAGUCGUGAUUUGCAAAUGGUCAAAAUUGGCCUUCGAGUUCUUACUCGACCUAUUCCAGAUCAACUGCCAACAGUCUAUCGAACGCUUGGUGAGAAUUACAAUGAAAGGGUACUACCUUCAAUAAUUCAUGAAACCCUGAAGGCAGUAGUUGCACAGUACAAUGCUAGCCAGCUCAUCACUCAGAGAGAGGCUGUUAGUAGGGAGAUAAGGAAAAUAUUGACUGAGAGAGCAGCAAAUUUCAACAUAGCACUGGAUGAUGUGUCCAUCACAAGUCUAACAUUUGGAAAGGAGUUUACUGCUGCAAUCGAAGCCAAGCAGGUGGCUGCACAAGAAGCAGAGCGUGCCAAGUUUGUUGUGGAGAAGGCAGAGCAAGACAAGCGGAGUGCUGUUAUCAGAGCUCAGGGAGAGGCCAAGAGUGCUCAGCUGAUUGGUCAGGCAAUUGCUAAUAAUCCUGCAUUUAUUACUUUAAGAAAGAUUGAGGCUGCAAGGGAGAUAGCCCAUACAAUCUCAAAUUCUGCAAACAGAGUGUUUUUGAGCUCGGAUGAUCUGUUGCUGAACCUCCAAGAGAUGGAUUUGGAUAUCCCAGCAAAGAAAUGAGAAGGUUGCUUCUUCAGUCUUUUGCUCUUAUUAGCCAGAUAUUUUCACCGAGCGUGUGUUUGAAGCUCAAAUUUUUUGGUGUGGAGCAAUUGAAGUGAAGGAUACCGGAUCAAUAAUCUCCUUACAUGAAAGGACAAUGUCGGUUCAUUCAGAACACGUCAAAUAUAUGAACUUCUAUUCUCUUUCUCUUUGUCA